AACGAUCUCUUCCUUAUCUCUCUUUCAAAAUUAAUAUUUUGAAAAUUUUAAUUACAGUUCAAAAAUGGAGAUAGCUCCUGCACCGAUGAUCGCUUUGUGCUCUAAAGAGCAGCAAAAGAUGUUUCGCAAAUGGUUCGAGAUAGCGGAUUCAGAUGAUGAUGGACGCAUCACUGGAAAUGAUGCUACAAAGUUCUUUGCACUAUCAAAGCUUUCUCGGCAAGAACUUAAGCAGAUUUGGGCGCUUGCUGAUUCUAAACGACAAGGUUUUUUAGAUUUUGCGGAGUUUGUUAUUGCGAUGCAGCUUGUAUCUCUCGCACAAGCUGGACAUGAAAUAACCUCAGAUAUCCUUAAAAAUGGAGUCCAAGCGGAGAAUAUUGAACCACCAACAAUGGAAGGUUUAGAGGCAUUUGCAACGAAAAAUAAGAGUUCAAUCACAAACAAUGAGCCUGCUGUGAAUGGCUCUGCUCCAUCACAAACUUUAUCAUCAUCUUCUUGGUUUACUUCAAAAUCUGCUAAGAAGGCACCUUCAACUGCAGUCACAUCAAUAAUUGAUGGUUUGAAGAGAUUGUACAAUGAAAAACUAAAGCCACUAGAAGCUACCUAUCGUUUUAAUGAUUUUGUAUCCCCAUUCUUGACAAACAGUGAUUUGGAUGCAAAGCCUAUGGUUAUGCUUUUGGGUCAGUAUUCAACUGGAAAAACAACAUUUAUAAAACAUUUGCUAAGAUGUGACUACCCAGGAGCCCACAUAGGACCUGAGCCUACAACAGAUAGAUUUGUUGUUGUUAUGUCUGGUCCUGAUGAAAGGAGUAUACCUGGGAACACUAUUGCUGUUCAUGCUGAUAUGCCAUUCAGUGGUCUGACACAUUUUGGAGGAUCAUUUUUAUCCAAAUUCGAGUGUUCUCAAAUGCCUCAUCCUUUAUUAGAUCAAAUUACAUUUGUGGACACUCCUGGGGUUUUAUCAGGCGAAAAACAACGAACGCAACGCAGUUAUGAUUUUACUGGUGUUAUAUCAUGGUUUGCAGCAAAAUGUGACCUUAUUCUUCUUUUGUUUGAUCCUCAUAAACUUGAUAUUAGUGAUGAAUUCAAGCGCGUAAUUGCAUCCUUACGUGGUAAUGAUGACAAGAUUCGUGUUGUGCUUAAUAAAGCAGACCAAGUUGAUACUCAACAAUUGAUGAGAGUUUAUGGUGCAUUGAUGUGGUCACUGGGAAAAGUACUGAAUACUCCUGAGGUGGUUCGUGUUUAUAUUGGCUCUUUUAAUGACAAACCUGUAAAUGAAGACUUUGUCGGCCCAAUAGUACGAGAACUUUUCGAGAAAGAACAGGAUGAUCUCCUCAUGGAUCUAGUCAGCAUUCCAAAGAAAGCUUGUGAUCGUCGAAUCAAUGAAUUUGUAAAACGAGCAAGAGCUGCCAAGAUUCAUGCCUAUAUUAUUAGUCAUCUUAAGAAAGAGAUGCCUGCCAUGAUGGGCAAAGCUAAAGCUCAGCAACGCCUGAUUGAUAAUCUCGAAGACGAAUUCGCAAAGGUUCAAAGAGAUUUCCAUCUACCAGCAGGAGAUUUCCCAAAUGUGGAGCACUAUCGAGAGGUCUUAAAUGGAUAUAGCAUUGAUAAAUUUGAAAAACUCAAACCCAAGAUAGUACAAGCCGUAGAUGACAUGCUUGCUUACGAAAUCCCAGAAUUAUUGAAGAAUUUUAGAAAUCCUUAUGAGUAGAAUCUCAAAAGAAUUUUGAAGUCCAGCACUUGUAACACUGAGUUCAUACUUUCAAUUCUUUUUGUUGAGCUUGUUUAGCUUAUUCGCCAUUAUGACUCUUCUAUUGCAUGCUUUAUGUAUAAUUAUCUUGGACCGUUUUGAACUACGGUUGAGGUGGUCUGGAUCACGGUUCAAUCAAUCUGCUGAAAUCAGUACGAUUUUUUUUUGAAAUAGCAUUAGAAAAGAGCUGGAUCGAAUCCUUGACCGGAGCAAGGUCUGGUCCGGUUUGAAAUAGUUGGCACACAUUAAAUACGUCAUGCUUUUCGUCAGCUCAGUGACUGUGAGUCGUUAUAUGCCCAAAUCAUUUUAUUUUAAAUUGAAUUUAAAUUUGACAUCAGAAAGUGAAAAAGUAAACCCAGGCCCUCUUGAUUUGUAAAUCCCAAGGAAACAUCACAACAUCAGACGGUCAGCAUUCAACUAAAAUAUAUCUUGAAUAAAUCUAAAUAAAGGGAUUUGCUUAUGGCCUCUUCUAUCGGGAGCGGUAAACUAAAAAUGGAAAAGAUAAAUACGAGGCCAAGCAAAAGAUUCGAAGGGAAAGUCGCGAUCGUCACGGCUUCGACUCAGGGCAUCGGCUUCAGUAUCGCUGAACGGCUCGGCUUUGAAGGCGCCUCUGUUGUUGUCUCCUCUCGAAAGCAG